ACAUGAGUUUGUUUUGCUAUAAAUGUUCUGAAAACUGAGGCUGUGAAAAGAAGAAAUGUUCUGAAGUCAUCAUGGUUGAUAAUAAGCUCUGUCUUCUGCUGCUUUUGACCGUCGCCAUGUCCAAAGCUCAGGAUGAAGGAGCGCCAUGCUUGAUGGCCAAAAGAUACAAGCCCUUCAACAAAUAUGAGUACUUCUAUGAGACAGAGUCGUUGAAUGCUUUGAACGGGGCUGUCAACGGCCCCAAGGCCAGCUGCAAGGUUGAGAUUGCGGCUCCUGGUACAUGCAGCUUCAUUGUGCGCACCACCGACUGCACACUGAGUGAAGUGAUUGACGUGGAUGCGGAUGGAAAGCCUGUGUUUGGAGCAGCUGCGGGUGCGGAGGACUUCAAAACCGCCAUGGAGAGACGCCCUCUGAAGUUCACCGUUGAGGGAGACGAUGACAUCAAGCUUUUCCCUGAGGAAGAUGAGCUGAUAAACAUCCUCAACAUCAAGAGGGGAAUCAUCUCUGCUCUUGCUGUCCCAGUGCUUGAGGAGGACAGGAACGAAGACAUGCCCACCAUCUACGGUCUGUGUAAGACUGACUAUGUUGUGAACACCAGAGAGGACGUCGCCACCGAAGUCACCCUUAGAAGAGACUUGUCCGAUUGUGACAAGUUCCGGCCAGUCGAAGACCACACCAGUCCCCUCGCCCUCAUCUCCGGCAUGAAUUAUCCUCUUGCUCAGCUGAUUAGAAGCAACCAGACCUGCAACUACAAGUUUAAUAAUGAGCAGCACCACAUGACCUCUGGAACUUGCACCGAAAAACAUGUUCUUGCGCUCUUUUCACAUAAGUAAGUGAAAUAAUAAUUUCCUGUAGCUCAUGUAA